GUGUAUAGACGGACAGCUGAACUUUGACUCUGCGCUAGAAUAAAGAGGUUAAAGAAGAGGGGAGGAGUGUAGAGCUGAGUUUGUAGGAGGGACCAUCAUUAAGAGAAGUGAGCAGUUCCUGGUUUGUCAGAGAAGAAAGAAGAGAAGCAGCAUUAAAGCAUCAGAGCCUCAACAUGAAAGUCUUCCACACUUUUUUCUGUUUCCUCUUCAUCGCACUGCAGGAUGGAAACAUUGUAUUUGUCAAUGCAGACGGUGGGAUCCACACAGUAAUGGAAGGAGAAGACGUCACAGUUGAAUGCACAUUUCCUUUCCGUGAACGCAGAAAGUACCUCUGCAAGAAAAACUGUGAAGAAGGAAACAUUCUCAUGACAACAAGAGAGGAUACGGCUGAGAAUGGCAGAUACAGCAUUAGAUAUGAACACAACAGUGUUGAAUCAGAUUCUGUUAUGUAUGUGAGCAUCAAACAGCUGAAGAAGUCUGACUCUGGUUGGUACAGAUGUGCUUUGGGAAGAUAUUGGUACCUAGAGCCAUACUGUGAUUUUCAGGUUGUUGUCACAGAAGCUUCAGCCACUUCACAACCAAAGUCCACUCUUCCAACUUUUCCACCGUCAACGUUUCUCCCAUCAUCCUCCACUGAAUCCUCCGAACAGCUCGACUCAUCUCCGCCACGUUCAGAUCAGCAGCUUUACAUGGGUCUGAUUCUGGUGUUCAAGAUCUUCAUUUUAUCGAUGCCUUUGAUGAUUUUCUGCAAGAAGAGAAGAUCCACCAAACCUAAAGUUCCUCCUGUGGAGACGAUCUACAUCAACGUCUCAGAGUCCAGCAGAGUGAUUGAGGAGAUCAGAGAGGACAGACAGAUCAGUUCUCCUCCUGUGGAAACAUCUUCACUCUACUGCAACGCCAAAUACAUCAAACCAAACAGAGCUGAAGACACCUGAGCUUAACCAUCUGUAAUCUGAACAAAGCUAAAGACGACUCCAGUGAACUUGAUGACACUGAGGUGGUUUUUACCAACGUUGCUGCCUCCUCUCUCAACAGCGCCCCCUGUGGUGAUGUAGAUCAGGGGUUCUUAACCUUUUUAACCUCUGGGCCCAAUUUUCCCAGAGUAAAGUGGCCCGGGGCCCAUCCAAAUACAAGCACUUUCAUUGUAAUUCAUCUGAGUCUUGGUUCAAAUUUGUAAUAAAUAACUAAAUUAAGUUCUUUUAUAGUUAUUGCAAUUAUAACAAAUCAAAUUGCUAAAACAUCAAAUGACUCCAAGCCAAACUUUUAGAUUUCGACUGACCAAAAAACUGAAGAGAAAUUCUGAUAAAUAAAAUUCUGUUGUACCAAAAUAAAUAAAUAAAUUAUAAUAAAACUUUCAAAUUAAAUAACCAAACUGCAAAUCAAAAAUAAAGUGCAAAUUAAAAUAUUGUAACCUGCUGAUGAAUUUGACAAUUUAGCAGUCUUCAUUUUUGCACGGCAGAACUAGAAGUUGCUCUUCAAAUCUGUGACAAAUGAUCAGUAACAACAGUCACAACAGUCCAGUUUAACAUGCUACAACUCCCAUUUCAUCUUCACCUCUCAAUGAGACACUUGGGCCUGCCUCUGAGACACGAUCAGAUCCAGUCUGGGUGGAAUAGGGGAAAGACUCACUCUCAGGGUCGCCUCCAGUGAUGUUCUUAGUCUGUUUCGAGCUUUGGUCUUAGUUGUGGCCACAAUGGAGAACCCUGAUUCACACAGGUAUGUAGUUGUGAAUGGGAGAAGGAGUUUCAAAGCCCUCAGUGCCAGAAUGGGGUACUCCUUUGAAACAACAAUCCAGAAGGAGCCGAGGGCCAGUUUGUCCCACUGCCCCUUCAAAGUGCUAUCAGUGGAAACUUCCAGAAGCUGUGAUUCCAGAUGUGAGGGUAAGGCAACAUCAUUUAAAGUGGCAUCCACUGAAAAUGGGUCCACAACCCACAUGUGUCCCUCUCUGGGAUCUUCUGGAAAGUAUUCAUCAAAUUUCUCUGCCAGUUGUGUGAGGUGCUGAAGAAUUGACUGACUGAUGUUCACCUGAGGAGAGUUUUCCAAAAUGUCAGACAAAAGUGGAAACAUGUCCAUUCUCUCUUCCUGGGCCCAUUUAGUCCACAAAGCAAGUUUCCUCCUGAAAGCUUGAACUUUUAGUUGGGUCAUCUACGAUGGUUCAGUGACCGUUGAGCUUAAAGAUUCGUUUCUCGGUGGAUUUGUCAUCUGUGAAGAAUAAAUAAAAAAUUUGGCCCCCAUGCCCCUCGCGAAAAUGUGGGCAUAACUCGUGAGCACUGCAAAUCCAAAAUGGCCGCCGUGAGCUAUUUUGAAAAAUAUCUGAAAAUAUCUUUUCAGUGGUUUGGCCUACAGAACCUGCCACAAUAUAUGGUUUCUGACAAUUUUUGGGUCCAGGAAUUCAUAUUUAAUAUUGAUUUAAGGAUUGAACCUGUUUUUGACCUUCAAAUCCAAAAUGGCUGCCGUAAAAUCCAAAAUGGCCCCCUCGAGCUAUUUUGGAAAAUAUCUUUUCAGUGGUUUGGCCUACAGAACCCCACAGUAUAUGGUUUCUGACAUUGGGUCAAGGAUCUCAUAUUUGAUGUUGAUUUAAUGAUUGGACCUGUUUUUAACCUUCAAAUCAAAAUGGCUGCCGUAAAAAUCCAAAAUGGUCACCGCGAGUUAUUUUGGAAAGUAAUUUUUCAGUGGCUUGGCUUACAGAACCCAAUAAUAUAUGGUUUCUGACAUUUUUUUGGUCCAGGAUCUCAUAUAUGGUGUUGAUUUGAUGAUUGGACCAGUUUUUGACCCUCAAAUAAAAAAUGGUCGAGAGAAAACCCAAAAUGGCCGCCAUUGGCUUUAUAGAAAGUGUCUUUCUUCUGGUUUGAGCCAUAUGGCUCCAUCGUAUAUGGUUUCUGGGACUUUGUUUGGUAAUUGAAUUAAUAUUUUAUGUUUACUUUAUGAAUAAUUCAUUUUAAAUUAUCUAAGUCCAAAAUGGCUGCCAUCAAUUCAAAAUGGCUGCCAUCAAUCAUGUUAACAUUUAUAUUAGAUCUAUUUCAAUGGCUUUAGCCUAUUGUACCACACAUAGUUUCAGGGAAGAAUCCAUAGGCCUAUCUGAUGUCAUUUUGAUGACUUGAGCUAUUUUUCACCUUCAAAUUUUACGUGUCUGCCAUCAGCAAUAAGUGAUCUAAGUUACGAUUGUAGGCUAUUAUAUUAUCUGUGAUUUUGCCUACAAUGUUGUAAGGUACAUACUAGUGUUGUUUGUG